AUGGGCGACCCCCCCCCUAACAGCGCCCUCCUGAACGGGGACUCACCACGAUGGGCGCCCCCCCAACAGCGCCCUCCCGAACGGGGACUCACCACGAUGGGCGCCGCCCCCCCCAACAGCGCCCUCCUGAACGGGGACUCACCACGAUGGGCGCCCUCCCAGCAGCGCUCUCCCGAACGGGGACUCACCACGAGCGGCGCCUCCCUCCCAGCAGCGCCCUCCCGAACGGGGACUCACCAGGAGGGACGCCCCAACCCCCCAGCAGCGCCCUCCCGAACGGGGACUCACCAGGAGGGGCGCCCCAACCCCCCAGCAGCGCCCUCCCGAACGGGGACUCACCAGGAGGGGCGCCCCAACCCCCCCUUCCCUUGGGGUCCCGGCGGUGCAGUAGAGAGGCGUUUAGCCGCCGCCACCCCUCCCCAAGGCAAGGCAGCACUGCGGAGGAGGCGACCCUAG